GAUCCUCGAUUAAAAAAGGAUAUUAAGAAAACCUGAAAAAGACAGAGAAGAAGUAGACAUCACGUUCGUUUUGUCUGAAACCUUUAUCGUCUUCUUCAACGCAAGUUUGACGAAUUUUCCUGAAAAUGCAACGAUGGUUUGUCUGAUCCUUAACUGAUCCGGGAGAUAAGAAAGAAGAUUCAACAUCGCCAAUCAUGGAGAACGUAGCCGAGCAAUUGAAGCGCGGGAUAUCGAGGCAAUCCUCGACGGGAUCAGUGCGACGAGGAACGCUAAGCCGACAAUUCACGCGCCAAUCCUCUCUCGAUCCGCGGCGCAACAACAUGAGGUUCAGCUUCGGCCGGCAGUCUUCGCUCGAUCCGAUCAGACGCAGCCCCGAAUCCUUGAGCUCCUGCCAGCCGCAGAUGAUGUCUGUACCUGAGAAUCUCGAUUCCACGAUGCAGCUUCUCUUUAUGGCGAGCAAAGGCGACGUUGACGGCGUCGAGGAGCUGCUCGAUGAAGGAGUCGAUGUGAAUAGCAUCGAUCUCGAUGGCCGUACGGCUCUUCACAUUGCUUCUUGCGAAGGUCAUUACGACGUCGUCAGGGUUCUUCUUAGCCGGAGAGCUAACAUCGAUGCUCGUGACCGUUGGGGUAGUACGGCGGCCGUUGAUGCCAAGUAUUAUGGGAACGUUGAAGUGUUUAAUCUCUUGAAAACACGAGGAGCUAAACCUCCGAAAACUAGAAAGACUCCAAUGACAGUGGGCAAUCCAAAAGAAGUACCUGAGUAUGAACUUAAUCCACUCGAGCUUCAAGUCCGAAAAGCCGAUGGCAUCUCAAAGGGAACCUAUCAAGUUGCUAAGUGGAAUGGCACGCGAGUCUCGGUAAAAAUAUCCGAUAAAGAUAGUUAUUCAGAUCCGGAACGAGUAAAUGCUUUCAAUCAUGAAUUAACUGUGCUAGCUAAAGCUAGGCAUCCAAAUAUUGUUCAAUUUGUUGGAGCUGUCACUCAAAAUCUACCAAUGAUGAUUGUAGUUGAGCAUAAUCCAAAGGGUGAUCUAAGUGAAUAUCUUCAAAAGAAAGGUCGCCUUUCUCCUUCAAAAGCUCUGAGAUUUGCUCUAGAUAUUGCCAGAGGCAUGAACUAUCUUCAUGAGUGUAAACCAGACCCGGUCAUCCACUGCGAUUUAAGGCCAAAAAAUAUUUUGCUGGAUAGAGGUGGACAAUUGAAGAUCUCUGGAUUUGGUUUGAUAAAGUUGUCCAAGGUUUCAGAAGAUAAUGUCAAAGUAGUGAACCACGAAGCUCAUAUCGAUAAAUCAAAUUGCUACAUAGCUCCAGAACUUUACAAAAACAUAAUCUUCGACAAAAGUGUUGAUGUUCAUUCGUUUGGUGUCAUUUUAUAUGAGAUGACUGAGGGAGUAUCGAUUUUUCAUCCUAAAUCCCCUGAAGAGGUUGCAGAGUCGAUAUGUAUGGAAGGAAGGAGACCAACAAUCAAGACAAAGUCCAAGGGUUACCCUUCAGAAUUGAAAGAGUUGAUUGAGGAAUGUUGGCAUCCAGAUACAAGUGUGAGGCCAAUAUUUUCUGAGAUUAUUAUUCGACUCGACAACAUAGUUGCAAACUGCUCUAAGCAGGGUUGGUGGAAAGACACAUUUAAGUUUCCCUGGAAAUAAAAGGAAACGACUGAAUCAACCAACCUGGAGAAUGGAGAUGAAAGAAAAAAACAAGAUGAGAGUGAACUUUUACAGAAACUUAAUUCACAGUUUUCACUCUCUUUGUAUAAACUUAACAUCGCUAGUCUGUUUUAAAUAUUUUCAUGUUUUGUUUGUUUCAUAUCAUAAAUAUUUUUUUGGUUUAUUUUUUGUAUAUAU